AUGCGUCUCUCCAUGGCUGUCCUCCCCUCCGUUCUCGGCCUCGUCGCCGCUCAGGGCAUGAAUGGGCUUCCUGAGUGCGCCAGAAAAUGCGCGCAAGACAGCAUUCCCCCGAUGUGCGGCCUGAAUAUCCAGUGUAUCUGCUCCUCUAAUGGCUCCCUCAUGACCAUGAGCUGCUGCGUCAUGGAUCACUGCUCAAUGGAAGAUCAAAACAAAACAAUCAUGUUCGCAAAAAGCCUCUGCGCCUCCGCCGGCGUAAACAGCAUGCCAGACUCAGUCGUUUGCAAUACCACGCAGUCGUCUGCUACCCCUACUCCUAGCCCCACUCAGGGGCCGUCGCAGAACGCGGCAGCGAAGAUUGGAGUUGGCGCGGGACUGGUACUGGUAAUGGCGGUUUUGGGGAUGUUUUAG